AUGGUUUCCUUCUCUCCAAACUGGAACCCGAUAUUGCCAGGAGAGUCUGUAACUCUGACCUGUAAUGUGGCUCCUACUGCCCAAGAGAAUGUGGGAUAUUCCUGGUACAGGGAUGGACACCAGAUACCUGGGGAUCAGCAGAGACUUGUCAUUGAGUCUGCCAGAGAGACAGACAGUGUUGAUUAUCAGUGCCAAACCAGGCUGGUGCCAGUGAGAGAACUGACUCAGUUACAUUGGAUGUUGAUUCUGGUUGGCUCAACCUACAAGCGCCCCCUGCUGUCCACGAAGGAGCCUGUUUCUCAGGCGUCACAGUCGGACUGGAAGGCACCAAGUCAUUUUUCAGCUGAAUCUCCUGAGACUGAUAUUUACAUAGUAAGAGCUGCCAUGAUUCCUAUUCAUUUCUUUCCCCCAAACUGGAACCCAAUAUUCACAGGAGGAUAUGUGACUCUGACCUGUAAUGUGGCUUCUACUGCCCAAGGGAACAUGGGAUGUUCCUGUUACUGGGAUGAACAGGGCCUACAUUGCGUUCAGAAGGCUGGUAUAGUGCCAUACAGUGGGGAUUGGCAGUGUCCUGUUAGUCUAGAAAUCUAUGAAGAUGGGCUCAUCCUGCAGACGCCACUUGUUGUUCAUGAAGGGGACUCCCUGUCUCUCAGGUGUCACAGUCGGCCUGAAUAUUUGACAAGGGAUCCAGUAUUUUACAAGGACAAUCAGGUCAUUCAAUCCCCACUCAGUCAAUCUGAGAUACAGCUAAGCAGAGUGGAUAGUGCUGCAUCUGUAUUUAUUGCAGAGCUGUUCAGUACUCCACAAAUAAAAGUGAGACCAGAUCAGGUGACAGAAGGAGAUCACAUGACCAUAACAUGUGACACAAAGCUCAGCCCACACAGAGAGACUACAGAGCUGCAGUUUGUUUUCUACAGAAAUGGGCACAAUGUGCAGGGAUUCAGUUUAUCCAACCAAUAUGGAGUCCCCUCAGCUCAGCUGGAGGAUUCUGGGAAAUAUACCUGUGAGGUACAAACUCCAAGCAGAAGUGUAUUUAAAAGGAGCACCACGGCAAAUAUCCAGAUAGGGGAGCUGUUCUAUUAUACACAGAUAAAAGUGAGGCCAGAUCAGGUGACAGAAGGAGAUCACAUGACCAUAACAUGUGACACAAAGCUCAGCCCACGCAGAGCGACUACAGAGCUGCAGUUUGUUUUCUACAGAAAUGGGCACAAUGUGCAGGGAUUCAGUUUAUCCAACCAAUAUAGGGUCCCCUCAGCUCAGCUGGAGCAUUCUGGGACAUAUAGUUGUGAAUUACUUAAUCCAUUCAAAAUCAGAAGGCAAAGUAAUGAAGUGUCAUAUAUCCACAUAGAGGAGCUCUUCACUGUACCACAAAUAAAAGUGAGCUCAGAUCAGACAUCAAAUCAUUCACCAGAAGAAUCUCCUGAGACUGAUAUUGUCUUUUCUAACAUUUAUCUGGACCAUGUGUUUGAUCUUUCACCACAUAAAGACACAUCAUGGAACUAG